GUCACAAUUCUGAGUUAUAAAGUCACAAUUCUGAGUUAUAAAGUCACAAUUCUGAGAUAUAAAGUCACAAUUCUGAGAUAUAAAGUCGCAAUUCUGACUUUAUAUCAUAGAAUUCUGACUUUUUUGCCACUAGAUGGCAGCACCUGACCGCAGAACCUGAACCACGCAACGUGAUGAAUCUGUUACCGCGCUCUUUCAGCACACUUUCACCAUCAACAGACCUGUGAACAUCUCACGUCAAGGUAUGGCAGUAGGCUACUGUACAAUAUUUAGCAUUUUAAAUUGAAAUGUGACUACAUACACGUAACGAGAGCACGUUACCAGCAUGAUAUACAGCUAAUAUAGGCCAACAUUUUCGUGUGGAAAAACACGUGCUCACAUGUGGUUUUGGAACAUUUUGUGUGAAUUCAUGCUAAUUAACUCUUAAGUGCAUAGCUGUUUUACCAAUUAUUAUUACAUAUUCGAGAAUUUAGGGGUCUGGAACAUUUAUCUAACACAGUUGGAUUUUAAACUGCCCCAAUAGUAUAAAACUCAAUCAACAAUUUUAAAAAUCAUAAAAAUAAAGCAUGUUUUGUUAUACUUUGACGUUUGAACGUCAUGUAAGAUGUAUCAUGUAAUAAUUCAGGCAUAAGUGAGAGCACUGCGACAUUUUUAUCAAAAUAUUUCAAGCUAUCAAUUCAUCAUCCAUCCAUUUUUUAGGGCUGGGCGGUAUAUUGGGUUUGGGGUUAUAUCGAUAUGGUUACCCUGACGACGACUGCCCGAAUUAGACAAUAUCUGUUCAUAUCGAUAUGGUUUGAUGCGGCGCGAAUACGCGCUCUGCGCGGACUAGACCCCGCCCGCUACAGUAGAAAUUAGUACGCACAUAGAGAAACACGCAGAAACUGAUUGUGACGCUGGAAUGCGCCUCAUGAAUGUAGACACAAACUGCUCCUGCACUAGUAGGAUGUAAUAACUGAGUUCAAGACUAUAAUAAAAUGUCUCCUCUCCUCAAUCUGCUUUUACAGAGAGAUCAUUGGAGUUAUAACCGCUGCAUCUGUGUUCUUCCGUCCCAACAAUAUGUGUGACGCUCCAUAACACCUUAUCUAAUUGCGGUUAUUCCUCAUCACUAUUAUAGCAAUAUCAAGAGUAAUUUUGUGUUUAUACAUCAGUUCGACGGGACAAGUGCGCAGAUGAAACAAAAACUCCGAAGGAGAUUCUUUAAAUUCUUUUAGGGAACUUUCUCCUCAGAUUGGUCAUAACAGUCACAAACAAGUCUCGAAUUUUAAAACGUAAAUUUAGAAUUAGUAAUGAAUGACUUCUGCUUCAGUGAAGUUAUUAGUGUGAAUCAAUGAGAUUAGUGAGAAGAGGGGAUGUGUGUGCCCUUACAAAAUUAGCCGUGGUUAUAUUGUGGUAAAAGUGUAGUAACCAUUUUUUUGUGUGUGUGUGUGUGUGUGUGUGUGUGUGUGUGUUGAUUACUAUCAGCAAAACCAUGGUUUUACUGCACUAACCAUGGUUUAACUAUGAAACCAUGAUGAAACCGGUUAUUUUGUGUUAACCAUGGUUUUACUACACUAACCAUUGUUUUUUUGGUUUUAACUGUAGUAAAACCAUGGUUAAUUUUCGUAAGGGUGAAUGAAACAGAGACAGUUUAAACGUGAAUGUGUGUGCAUUAUAGUUUCAGUUUGCACGUAGCACUCAGCUAAUCAGAUUCGAGAACCACAAGAAACUGUUGUAUAAACUUUAUUAUUUGGUAUAAGUCUUGCCAGUUGCCAACUGUCAGGUGAUUUUUUUGUGACUGGCAUACACUUUAAGGACAAAAGGAAUGUGACAGCCCCUUCUAAUGAAGAGGAUUGACUACUUUAGUCAUUUCUGUGAAGGCAAAUCUUAAUGCUACAGUAUAUGAGAGUUUUGUGUUUCUAAUUUUAUGGAUUUUAUAAUUUCAAUAGUAUGGGCAGGACCCUUAUCUAUUUCAACAUGAUUAUGCCCAUGUGCACAAAGAAAGGUUAAAAAAAUUAAUGAUUAAAAACUUCACUGGUUUGCAUAUAAAGUCAACUAAACCAAGCUAAACAACUUUGGUAUGACAAACAUUCACCACCCAAACCCCCAUACAGUCAUUCCAGGGUAAAAUAAAGGCCGUAACAAAGAUUUUUUUUUAUAUGGUACUGCAUGGUAUAGCAUUACAUUUUAGUGGAAUAGAUAAUUAAUUAGGAAGUGUUUACAACUUUGUUGUGCAACUUCAGCCACAAAGAUUAUGCAAACUGUUUAAAUGAAGGUGAUAUACAGGCAUUGACUUUCAAGUAACCAUUUAUUUGGGGAAAACUGGGGUACCAGAAGCCCUUACACAAAGAGAAUGUAUUAUUUAAUAUAUUGCAUUUUAUUUUUCAGUAUAUUUCCACAUAUGUUUGUUUUGUUAUAUUGUUGUUGUUUAUUUUGUUUCAGAAUGGAAGACCUUCUUUGUUUUCUAAGGGAGAGGAAUAUCCCAGAGUCUACUAUACAGAGAAUGCAGGAGGACAAGAUUGAUCCAAGCGUCCUUCUGCUAAUGAAUGAUGACCAGAUGAAAAGCUAUUUGCCUUCCUAUGGAGACAGGCUGGCAGUGAUGGGAUAUUGUAGGAGGCAAGAAAGUGAACCCACUACUAGGAAGUCCAAGCUGUUCGAUCGCCUAAAAUCAAAAUUAAACAAAAGACAAAAAACAAAUAAUUCCGAAACAGAUCAGCAAACAACAAGAAAGAAGAAUGUUCCACCAACAAGAAAAGUGGAGAUUGGGUGGAUGCUCCACGACGGGGAAGGCUUUGUUCAAAUGAGAACCAAAAAAGGAGGUGGAACAAGGAAGUUGACUGUGCCAAGAGACUGGAAAAAACGAGAACUGACUGAGGAGGCAAUUCGUUUAUUUUUCCCAAAUGGAAAAAAUUCUCAAGGCAGCAUUUCUGAAUUUGAAGUGGAUCUAAUGAAUUAUCAGGAAAUGUCAUUAGAUGACAACAGUACAGUAGGGGAAAUGUAUGAUGCAUCAAAACUCACAAUGAUGAGGUUCUACCUCACAACAAAAAAAAUGAAGAGGGAAGCUGUUGUGGAAAUAUCAGAUUCAGACACAGUGGAGGAUGUAAAUGAUCAGGACCAGAGUCUCCCCUCUUCUUCUACUCUAAUAUUUCAGUCUUCAGAUGCCGUGGAUGUUAUUUUUGUGGAAAGUACUGGUUUAAACAGUUAUGAUGUGCCCCGCCUACAUUCCGGAGAGGAUCUAAAUGUUGCAUAUGAUGAUCUCAACGUUUCUUUACACAGUUCCACAACAGCUUUGCUAGAUGCAAGUGAUGAAGUGACAAUAUUAACUGGAGAAAUCACUGAGAUAGAUCAACAAAAUUUAGAAGACACUUUGCCUCUGAGCCCAGAAGCAUCAAUCCCACACAAAAGAAUUCUUGUGAUUCGACGGGGACAGAUAUUUUCUGAACUUAUUUCACACUUCUUUGAUGAAAGCCUUCCACACACACAGAGUGAAAUUGAAAUCAGGCUGCUUCUCCCAAAUGGGCAGUAUGAGAUGGGUCAUGACAUUGGUGGAGUUUUCAGAGAUUGCCUAUCAGAAUUCUGGCAUGAAUUUUAUGAACAGUGCACACUAGGCAACAGCUUUAAAGUACCUUUUCUUCGGCAUGAUUUUGGCCAGGAAAAGUGGGAGAGCAUUGGCCGAAUCAUAUACUUUGGCUGGAAGAAGGAAAAGUAUCUCCCAAUAAAACUUGCACCAGUAAUUAUGGAGCAAGCAAUACAGGGAUCUGUAAGAAGCGAUCUGAUUGUCAACUUUUUAAAGUACGUCUCAGAAAAUGAAUGUGCUGUUUUAGAAACCUGCAGAACAGACUUCUACAGUGUAGACCAGGAGGAAUUACUGGACGUCUUGGACAGCUACAGUUGCCGGACAGUUCCCACGGCAGAAAACAUUGAGCAAGUUUUGCAAGAACUGGCACACAAGAAACUAAUUCAAGAGCCUGCCUAUGUUCUCGAACAAUGGGCAAGCAUACUUAAGCCUUUGAGCAAGGAAUUUGAUGAAAUUGAAGCUGCAUAUGGGGAACUACAGCCAACUGUGAAGAAAAUUGUGAGAUCCCUGAAAUUCCCUGAAACAAUGAAUGCAUACCAAAAAGAAAUUUCAAAGCAUUUGACAAGAUACCUGCGGGAGUGUGACACAAAGAAACAGUCUUUGUUCCUGAGAUUCUGUACAGGCUCCGAUCUCUUUAUCGGCAAAACUAUAACUAUUGACUUCACAGACCUUAAAGGCUUUGAGAGAAGACCUGUGGCACAUACAUGUGGCUGUUUUUUGAUGCUUUCAGUGCACUAUGACAGCUAUCCUGAUUUUAGGUCAGAAAUGAACAAAAUUCUUGAGAGCAAUGUCUGGGUCAUGGACAUUAUUUAGAGGUUAAAUAACUGAAUAUCAUAAGGCCUGCAAAAACACUAUUUGCUUGUGUUCAUUGUUCUGUCAGUCAAUUUGUCAGUCAGGCUUUAAAUUGUAUUAACGUGUUCUAAAAUCAAGUGUUCUUUAUAUGGAUACAGUACAGUUUUGGGUUGCAUUGCUAGUGAACUUCGAUACUGUACUAACAAGUGAAUUGUUUACGGUGGUUUGUUUAAUUACCAUUUAAUAUUUUGUUAAAUACCUUGUGUUACGGUAUAUACAAAUACAACCUGCAUAUGUGGAACCAAUGUGAUGAGUGCACUUAAGAUGCAGUGGCCAAUACAAGUUGUGCAUUAAAUAAUGCACAAUAAAGUUUCAAGUCCUCCUGUCCUUUUUACCACACAUAUUUAUACUUGCAUGUUCAAAAUUUAAAUAUGCAUUUCGGUUUAAUCACCACUAGAAAAGCAGCACAAUUUGUUGAAUCUUGUUAUUCGAUGGCACUUCUAAAAUGGUAAAUGUCAUAUAUUGCAGUACUGUUGCACUGUAAAAAAUUCCGUAGAAAUUACAAUGUUAUUGCAGCUGGGUUGCCU